AUGUCCUCCAGUUCAAGUGCCAAAGCGAAUCAGGGGGACUCCGAUGGGUCAUGGGAAUAUGCCCCCGAUUAUCCAAGGUCCCCUCCACCACCGCUGCCUCUUCCAACCUCCUCCGCAAGCGAGGGGGACUCCGAUGAUCCCAUUGUGGAAAUAAAUGAAAUGAAGAACAAACUGGAACACAACUCUUCCUUGGUCCAUUAUUGGACUCAAAAGUGUGUCGGAGCUGAGCAGAAGCUGCCUUAUUUGACUCGGUAA